AUAGAUCAAGUGGAUAUAAGAUGUGACUAUUUAAUAAUUUAAUAAUAAUAACACGUAUGUUCCAUUCCGAUGUUCCAAUAAUUUAGAAUAAGUAGUAAGGACUAUGUGAAGAUCAGAAUAGGUAACACUUGAAUUGAGAGAGACAAUUGGAAGCAGACGUGAAAAAGCUAAGCUGAACAGAAAUUAAAUAAAAUAAAAAACUCCAAAAUUGAAAUAAAUAAUAUAAACCUGCGUCAACAACUUCAGAAGUGGGAUAGUCCCAUUAAUACAUUCGCCUACAUAGCCAUACCUGAGAGCACACAUUUUUUUCCGCUUUUAUAAUUACGACGCCAUUCUGAAAUGGACAAGACACAAAUUGGUGAGUGGCUACAAGCCAACGAAAUCGAGUUCCCUGCAAGUGCAACUUUAAGGCAAUUGCGCAAGCUUGCUUUGGAUGCUGGAUACCAAGAAGUGGCUGAAAUUCCAGAAAGCAUAUUGGAGGAGGAGAACUCCAAAAUGGAAGUAUUAAGCCAAGGAGCCGCUACCGAAGGCAUCCAGACAUUGGAAGAAGAAGAAGCACUGCUUGACGCCGCCAUAAGGGUUGCUGAGAAGAAGAAAUUAUUAGCCGGGUUGAUGAAAAACGUCGACAAAACGACAGAUGACCUCCAAAUGGUGAAGCACCUCGUGAGCCCGUUUUCUGCCACUGAAAAUGAGGAAGCCCUUAAGUGGAUUUUGAAUUUUGAGAGAGUCUGCAGAGAUAUCAACACAUGUACAAAUUUUCAACUGCGCUGCGUACGAAUGUUGAUAAAAUCGGGUACAGAUGCCGACUUGUUUGUGAGUGUUGAUCGAUCGAACACUUACGACGAAUUUAAGACAAAUUUCAUAAAAACAUUCGGUUGUGGAAGCUCAACUGCUGAUAUUGUAUUGCUACUUAAGGAAACCAUGUUCAACCCCGCGAAGAACACCGUUAUGGGAUACAUACUUCUGAUGGAGGAAAUUGCUAUGCGUGCAAAUAUUGACGAAAAAUUGACAGUGCAGUUCGUCAUUGAUGGUUUUCGCGAUCGUUCAGCCAAUAUCGCUAUAUUGUACACAGCAACAACAAUCGCACAGUUGAAGGAAUUGGCUUGGAAGUAUGGCAAUCUAAGGAAGAAGUCACACAAUUUUCCUAAGCGCAUGGAAAAUGCUGGAGGAGAUCGGAAAACAGUCCGGUGCUACAAUUGCUCUGCUUAUGGGCACUACGCUUCGUCGUGCACUGCGCCGAAACGCGAGAAGGGAUCUUGUUUCCGUUGUGGAUCCCUCCAACAUAUGCUAAAGGAUUGUCAGCAGAAGCCAGCAAGUGAUCCUAAAGUGGUGGGAGCAGCCAACAACCAGCCGAUACGAGAUGACGAAGAGGAGCCUAAUAUUUAUUAUUCCGAUUUUUAACCAGCGCCAUUAAUUUAAUUCAGCACUCUGCGAUUCCUUAUAAAAACUUUUGCGAUAUACUGGUCCCGACGAAUUACUAUGGAGUUAAUGGAUUUAAAAUUAAAACAUUCGGAAAAUUUUUUGUCAGGCUCGUUUUUCAAAACAUAGAAGAAGAAAUUUCAUUUUUUGUUGUACCCAAUAAUUAUGUUUCAACUAAUGUUCUGUUAGGCCGUAAGUUUUUUUUGAGAAAUUUGGAAUAAAAUUGAUUUCUAAGGAUAAGGUAAAAGAAAUUGUAGAAGUGAAUUUAUUUAAGGAUAGUGAACCAUUGAAAAUAGUGAGUAUUGACUUCAGAAUAGUGAAACAUAUAGAGACAGUGACCAUUUAGAAAGCAGUAGAGAUUUUGAAGAGUUGUGUAUAGAAAAUGAAAUAGUUAGUGACGACAGCAUUCCGUAUAUAUAUAGUAUUGAUGUAUUUCAGGAUGAUGAAAGUUUUGACAUUGACCCGAAGUUAAGUGAUGAAGAUCGAAGCGAACUCAGUGAAAUAAUAAGAUUGAAUUACUUAUAUUUAUCUAACAUCCCAGCGAUCCAACAUAGUUAUGAAAUGAGGCUAAGACUUAAGUCUGAAGAACCGGUACGCACUGUACCAAGAAGACUUUCGUAUCAGGAGAAGAAAGAAGUAGAUUCAAAAAUUGAUGAGGUAUUUGCAACCUUUGAUUCGCGAAGGAAAUGUAGUAGUUUAUAUAGACGAUAUUGCUAUAGGCUCGAAAACAUUGAACGAACAUUUUAAGAUUGUAGGAAGAGUAUUACGAAUUUUAGCAGAGUACCACCGAUUGGAAAUUAAAAUAAAUAAGUGCCAGUUCGCUUACAAAAGCAUUGAAUUUUUAGGGUAUACACUGAGUGAAAAAGGAAUAAGUCCGAAUUAUGAGCACACAUCAACUAUUAAACAUCUUCCGAUACCAAAAGAUCGCCAUGGAAUGCAGAAAUGUUUAGGACUAUUUUCUUACUUUAGGAGGUUUAUUCCGGCAUACUCAAAAAUAGCAAAGCCAUUGCAAGAGCUCACAGAAGCAGGUGUUAAGUAUGAACUUAGUGAGGAUUGUAUAAAAACUUUUGAAUAUCUUCGUGACAAAUUAAUUUCAUCUCCCAUAUUAUCCUUGUACAACCCAAAUCGAGAGACUGAAUUGCAUUGCGACGCAAGUUGCGAGGGAUUUGGAGGAAUUUUGUUGCAAAAGCAGGAUGAUAAUAAGUUUCACCCAAUAGCCUAUUUUUCACAAAGAGCAACAAAACUAGAAGCUAGAUAUGAAAGCUUUAAAUUGGAAACAUUAGCUGUAGUUUAUUCAUUACGAAAAUUCAGAAUAUAUUUAGAAGGAAUUCCGUUUAACAUAGCAACAGAUUGUAAUGCAGUAGUUUUGUGCCUAGGGAUAGAACGCCUUAACUCGAGCAUUGCCAGAUGGGCUUUAGAAUUGGCUAAUUACAAUUAUACCCUUAAGCAUCGUAGUGGAAAAUAUAUGACUCAUGUUGAUUCAUUAAGUAGAUACCCUUCAGCCUUAAAUGAGAGUUUUGAAUAUGAACCAGUAGUGAAUAUCCAAAAUAGUGACAACAAAGAUCAAAUAGUUUCAGUAAUUGACAGUGACGACAUCAACCUUCAGCUUCAGAUAACGCAAAAUAGAGAUAGUAUUAUAGUGAAAUUGAAAGAACAAUUAGAACAACGAAGUGUGAAGAACUUUAUAUUAAGCGAUGGAAUUGUUUAUAGAUUAGGUGAGAAUGAUAUUGAAUUGCUAUAUGUACCAGCUGAAAUGGAAUCCCAUAUAAUUAGGAGGGUUCAUGAAAAUUUAUGUCAUUUAGGUUCCGAGAAGUGCUUAAAAGAAAUAAUGAGAACCUAUUGGUUUCCGAACAUGAAAGCUAAAAUAGAUGCAUUUAUUGGAAAUUGCUUAAAGUGUAUCAUGUUUACGGUACCCACACAUGCGAAUAAUCGAACACUUCAUAAUAUACCUAAGCGACCAAUUCCGUUUGAUACAUUACACAUAGACCAUUUUGGACCUUUACCUUCAGUUAUAUCGAAAAAGAAACAUUUGCUAGUAAUUAUUGAUGGAUUUACCAAAUUUGUUAAGUUGUAUCCAGUGAAUUCAACGAGUACAAAAGAAUUCAACAUGUGUUUUUCGAAAUAUUUUCAAUACUAUAGUCGACCACGUAGAGUUGUAAGUGAUAGAGGUACAUGUUUUACGUCAUUAGAAUUUGCCAAAUUUUUAUUAGAAAAUAAUAUCGAACACGUUAAGGUAGCAACUGCGUCACCUCAAGCGAACGGACAGGUGGAGAGAGUAAAUAGGACAAUAAAAGCGAUGCUGGCCAAGAUAACUGAACCAACUAAGCAUGAAGACUGGAGCAAACUUUUAGAUAGGGCCGAAUAUGCCAUUAAUAAUUCAAUGCAUUCAACUACAAAGGAAUUACCCUCAGUAUUAUUAUUUGGAGUUCAGCAGAGAGGUUGCAAUAUUGACGCAUUAACAGAAUACUUAGAUGAUAGAAAUGAUAUACCACAGAGUGAUUUAGAAAAUGUGCGUAAGAAUUCUUCAGAUACAAUAGAACAGUGCCAGAAAAGGAGCAAAGAAUAUUUUCAGAAGAAUCAUAAAGACCAUAUAGAAUUUGAGGAAGGCGAUUUUGUUGUAAUGCGAAACAUUGACACCACAAUUGGUACAAACAAAAAGUUUGUACCAAAGUACAAAGGACCAUAUAUCGUUAAAAAGAUAUUGCCAAACGAUAGAUAUGUCAUAAGUGAUAUUGAAAAUUGUCAAAUUAGUCAAAUUCCCUAUGAAGGAAUUGUAGAAGCAUGUCGGAUACGAAAAUAGGCAGAUUGACGUAAUCAGUGUGAAAUUAACUCCUAAUAUAUGCUAAAUUAAUUUAAUUAUAUAUCAUAACUAGUCAAAAUUAUUACUAACUAAAACAUAUAAUAUUAAGAAAAACUUU